UUGGUUUUUCACCAUAAAUAACCAAAAAACGUUACCUGUCACAAAUAAACGUCAUUUGAGUUUUUCGUGUUUAUUACGUGAGGUGUGCACGGUUUUGUUCCUAAUUUAUUCCUAUAUGUGGUGAAAAAAGUAGAUGUUUGUAUAACCGGCCCCCUUCAAACGAUGAUGCAGUUUAUGCUACUAUUCAGCCGACAAGGCAAAUUGCGUCUGCAAAAAUGGUACGUCGCACACCCCGACAAAUUGAAAAAGAAAAUAACGCGGGAGUUAAUCACCACAAUCUUGGCUCGUAAACCAAAAAUGUGCAGUUUCCUGGAGUGGCGAGAUUUGAAAAUCGUCUACAAACGGUACGCCAGUUUGUAUUUUUGUUGUGCUAUCGAGCAGGAAGACAACGAGUUGCUCACUUUGGAGGUAAUUCACAGAUAUGUCGAGUUGCUUGAUAAAUAUUUUGGAAGUGUGUGCGAGCUCGAUAUAAUUUUCAACUUUGAGAAAGCUUAUUUCAUACUUGAUGAGCUUCUACUUGGAGGAGAGAUUCAGGAAACUAGCAAGAAGACAAUUCUUAAAGCAAUCGCAGCUCAGGAUCUUCUACAAGAGGAUCUAAACGACAAUUGAUCGUCAGUUUGCCAUAUGUUCGUAAAGUAAUGCUUCAAGGUUUUUAGCGUAAAGACUUUUAAAAUUUAGGAUAAUUUUAUUGAAUAUGUGAUGCCAUUAGGUACAAAAAUUUUAACACGCAUUAUCGGACGUGACGUCUACUUUUAUUACGGUAGGUUAGUUACUUGAAGCCAAACAAACAAUUCCACUAAUCUUGUGAUCAGAAUUUGCGCAAAAUUUCACGGGAAAAGUGAAGUUUUAAUUUGAAAAAAGUAAUGUUUUAGGAGAAAUUAAAACAAAAAUUGUUUCUUAUAAAAAGGAUAAAUAUUAUAGAGGAACGUUAUUUUUGACUUUUAUUGGAAACUUUUUGGGAAAUUCAAAGAAACUUAACGUAAAAUUACUUGACGAUUCCAAUCUUUUUCUAUUUUUGUUCUACAUUUCGUAUUUUUGGAGAAAAAAAUUAAUUAGAAAUAUAUUUUAGAAAUUGAUAAAUAUAGCACUUUUAAUUAGUUAAUUAUCCAUUUCUGAACAAAAAUUUGUGGGAUUUAGUCAAAAUUAUGCAAAUAAUCUGAAUAAAACAACUUGGUCAAAAUUUUUAUUUACUUAUAUGUCAAUAAAAAAAAGAAUCAAGGUCAUAACCAAAAAUUUAUGUCAAAGGAACACCCACCUGUUUAACAUAAAAUUGUCUGAGGAUUCUAAAUCUGUCCCCAUUUUUGUUAUAAGAUCUUUUGUUUUGGAGAUAUUUAUACAUAAAAUACAACAGUCGAUUUCAAUUCUUCCAUUUUUUUAAUAAAAAGAAAUAAUUAAUCUAAAACUAUUUGUAGCACUUUUAACUAAUUAAUAAUUAUCUAUUGCUUGGCAAAAUUUUGUGGCAUUCAAGUCAAAUUUGUGCAAAUAAACCGAAUAAAACAACUUAGUCAAAAAUUUUAUUUAAUUAUCUACAAAAAAAAAAUCAUCAAGAUCACAAUAAUUGAAAAUUGAUGUCAAAGGUAUGUUUAUUUGACGUAAAAUUGUCAGAGGAUUCUAAAUUUGUCUUUAUUAGUUUUGAAGAUAUUACACGAAAUACAGUAGAUUUUAAUUUUCCGUCUUACAAAAAAAAAAUAGAAAUUAUUUACUUAUCUGCUAAUAAAAAAAUCAAUAACAAUAACCGAUUUUUUUCCAAAACUAUGUCUAUUUGACGUAAAAUUGUCUGAGGAUUCCGAAUCUGUCUUUAUUUUUUUUUAUAAAAUUCUUAGUUCUUGAGAUAUUAGAUGAAAUAAAGUUGAUUUUAAUUUUUCCAUUUUACAAAAAAAGUAAAAAAAACUGAAAUAAUUAAUCUAAAACGACUUGUAGCACUUGACUAAAUAUUAAUUAUUUAUCACUGGGCAAAAUUUUGUGGCAUUCGAGUUAGAAUUGUGCAAAUAAACUGAACAAAACAACUUAGUAAAAAAUUUUCUUUUACUUUUCUACAAAUAAAAAAAAAUCAUCAAGAUUACAAUAACUGAAAAUUGAAAUCAAAAGAAUGUCUGUUUGACGUAAAAUUGUCUAAGGAUUCCAAAUCUGUCCUCAUUUUUGGUAUAACAUUUAUAGUUUUCGAGAUAUUCCAUGAAAUAUAAUCGAUUUUAAUUCUUCUAUUUUACAAAAACUAAAAAAAAAUAUACUAAAAGAAAUAAUUGAUCUAAAACGACUUGAAACACUUUUAACUAAUUAAUAAUUAUCUAUUACUGGGCAAAAUUUUGUGGCUUUCGAGUUAGAAUUGUGCAAAUAAACCGAAUAAAACAACUUAGUCAAAAAAAUUAUAUUUACUUGUGUAUUUACAAACAAAAAAGUGAUCAAGAUCACAAUAACCAAAAAUUUAUGAAAAAUGUAUGCCUAUUUGACGUAAAACUGUCUAGGAAUUCUAAAUCUGUUCUCAAUUUUGUUAUAAAAUUCGUAGUUUUGAAAAACAAAAAAUAAUCAUAUUAGAAUUUUAUCUAAAACGACUUUUAGCACUUUCAACUAGUUAAUUAGCUAUUUCUGAGCAAAAUUUUGUUGCAAUUGAGUCAAAAUUAUACAAAAAUUCGAAUAAAAUAAACUUGGUUAAAUUUUUUAUUUACUUAUCUGCUAAUAAAAAUUUAUCACGAUUACAGUAUUGAAAAUUUAGGUUGAAAAUACGCUGUUUUAACGUAAAAUUAUCUGGAGAUUCCUAUCUGUUUUAAUUUGUGUUCGACAUGUAGUUUUGGAGAAAUACGGUUGAUUUUAUUCUUUCAUUCUACCAAAAAUAAAAAAAAUAAUAGUAAUUGAUAUAAAUCGACACAUAGCCAGCUCUAACUAAUUAAUUAUCUAUUACUGGGCAAAAUUUUGUGGUAAUAGAGUCAAAAUUAUGCUAAUAAUCUGAAUAAAACAACUUGGUCAAAAUUUUUAUUUACAUAUCUUCCAAUAAAAAAAUCAUCAAGAUCAGAAUAACCAAAAGUUCAGGACAAAAGUAUGCCGAUUUGUCAUAAAAUUGUCUGAGGAUUCUAAAUCUGUCUUCAUUUUUGUUCUGCGAUUCGUUUUUUCGAAAUAUUUGACAAAAUAAUGACAAUUUUAGUGUUUGUUUAGCUUCAAUUUUCUGACCUCCCUUAAUAACUACGUCACACAGGUAACGCGUCAAGUCACCACUAGUUGUAGCUGACUGUGACCAUUAAAAAACGGCUCAAUAACCAGUAAGUGACUAAAAUGCAUGUACCGAUUUUACUAAACUAAAACAAAAUAAUUGCAUGAUCGCAUGUUGUAUUUUAAAAUGAAAUGUAAACAUUUAUGGUGUAAGUAGACGAGCUAGUGCCACAAAAACUCUUCUGUUUAUGAAAAAACGGCUUGGGAUGACUUAACAUAGCAUGAGAACGUUCAUACAAGCCUUUUUUUCUUAGCAGUAGUGAUUGAUGUCAAGACUGCUUUAUAGUUAAUUCAGUAUUAUCGAUUCCAUCCAAAAAAAUUAUUAUUAUAAUAAAAAAUACCUCAGCCAGACGUACUAAUGAUGCCAAAACUUUACGGCCAGUACGAUGAAAUUAAUGUUUAAACUGUUAAGAACAUGUACUUAUAUUGUUACAAUAAAUACGUUCAAUAAUA